UGCUUUAUCAGAAUUAAACUAUGACCCUUUGUGCCAAAAGUCAAUUACUACGCAUGCGUGGCUUACCUCGUGAAAAUCAAAAAUGUCGUCUCCUCCUCCAGCCAAAAUAAGGAAGGAAGAACCAACAAAUAACGGCCAAGAUGCCGAUGAUGCUGCAGAUGAUGAACAACAAAGAGCUAUAGAAGAGAUUGACAAUGUUCAAAACACUAUUGAUGGUUUGAAUGAAAGAGCCAGUGAAGAAAUACUGCAUGUUGAGCAAAAAUACAACAAGCUCAGACAGCCUCAUUUUGAAAAGCGAGCGAAGCUGAUCAGUAAAAUCCCAAAUUUCUGGGUUACAUCUUUUGUAAACCAUCCACAAGUUUCUGCUUUGCUUGAUGAGGAAGAUGAAGAAGCGUUACAUUAUCUGACAAAAGUGGAGGUGCAAGAAUUUGAAGACAUCAAGUCAGGUUACCGAAUCAACUUUAAUUUUUCUUCCAAUCCAUACUUUGAAAAUGAGGUUAUCAGUAAAGAAUUUCAUCUAACAGAAACAGGAGAUCCAACUUCAAAGUCAACGCCCAUUAGGUGGAAGCCAGAUAAGGAUCUGACGGAACGCAGUAAUCCUCAACAAAAAGGAAGACGGCGCGAGCCUGAUGAACCAGAGAGUUUUUUUUGUUGGUUCACCGAUCAUACAGAUGCUGGAGCAGAUGAAUUAGGUGAGGUCAUCAAAGACGAUAUUUGGCCAAAUCCACUUCAAUACUAUUUGGCGCCUGAAUUGCCUGAAGAUGGUGAUAGUGAAGCAGACGCUGCUGACUUAGGGGAUAUUGCAGAAUUUGAUGAGGAUGAAGAUGAUGAUGUUGAUGAUGAGGAGGGAUUGGAUGAGGAAGAUGAGGAAGGUCUAGAUGAGGUUGAUGAUGAGGAAGAGGAAGAGGAUGAAGAAGGGGAAGAUCCUGGGGAUGACGAGUAACUUCUCUUAAUAAUUUAGUUUCUUCUGAUUAUCUUGAAUGGGUAGCACUUAAUGAUAUUCAGUAUGUUGAAUGAACUGCCAGCUACUGUGAUGUGCCAGAACAAACCAGGCAGAGUCACUCACAAUUGUAUAGCUACAGUUUCAGAGUUGGGGUCAUUAAUAUUGGUCUAUAAAAUAAAAUGUUCCCAAGACUUUAUAAGUGAUAACUAAGUUUUCAUCGUCACUUAUUGAGUUUCUGAGUUAUCCAUCGAUUUACUAUUUUUUAUUUCACUUUUUUUAUGUUUUAAUUGUAAUAUUGCUAUUUAGACCAUUUGCAUUGGGGAGCAAUGCUCUCCAUUAGUGAUUCUUUUUUAUCUGAAGAAGUAGUGGGAAAUGAUUUCUUGGAGACCUCAUUGAGAUUCUAAAUAUUAAUGUAUGUAUGGACAGUAAACAAUUUGUAUGCUAUAUACAGUAUGCUGUAGAAUUAAUUUCAGGCUCAACUUUUGUCAUAAGAAAAAAAAAAGACAACUUAGUUUUCUGUAAGAAUUUUGUAAAAUUUUAGAUGUGUUGUCUCUUUUUUUGAAACUAGUUUUGUAGAUUGCCGUGUCUUAGAUAAAAUUGCCUUUGAUAUAGAUGUUUCCUUGGUGACCUCUGAUGAAAACAUGACAGGGAAAGUUUCAAGUAAAUAAUGCGAUAUAUGAUCCAACAAGCCUCUUAAGGUCAUUAAAAAAAAAAAAAAUUGGUAAAUACGUUGGCAGUAAAACUAGAUUUGACACAACUAACUAACUGUGGUUUUACAAAGAAAUGUACAAAUUUCCACCAUCAAUACAGUAUCUUCAUAAAUGAUGUGUUUCGUUUUGGCUUGUAUAGUGGCCAUGCAUAUUUCAAGAUACAAAGGCCAACAAUUGUUUAUGGUUGAGUAUUUUUGCUAUUGUGGUUGAAAUUUGCUAGCCCACAUCAGCAGCGUAAACAAAGCACAUAACAUAAAGUUAUUCUGUAUUGAUGGUGGUAGUUGGCACUUUGUAAAACAAUCGUAAGAGUCUCAUCUGGUUGUUGUGGCAACAGUUGCUAGUGACCUUAUUUGACUGCCAUCAAUUGUAAAUGGUCACAUGAUCUGAUUGGCAGAAAUUUUUGAUCACAUGUUCAUAAUCACCUUAUUUGAUUGGCAGCAACCUUAUUUGAUUGGCAGCAGUUAGUUGCCCUGCUAUCCAAUACUGGGGGUAUCCUGAUUUUAGGGGAAGCAGUUGUUGAUUGUCAACCAGAUUUGACAGCCGUCCAUUGUUAGUCAUCAUCCUAUUUGCGAAAAGUUGUUGAUGGCCACCUCAACAGGCAACAUCAGUGGCAUAAACCUGAUUUAGACAGCAACUGUCGUAAAUAAGAAGAUAUUUUCAACAAUACUGUAUUUGAAUGUAUAUAUUGCAUACGUACUUGAUCGAAUAUAGAAAAAUGAUGGAUAAAUUUAUAAUUUAUGUCGAGUGAAACAACUAUAAGUGGGGUGUUAACUAUUGGAUUGCACCUCACUAAAGACACUGGUUAUUAAAUUGAAAUCCUCCCCCACCCCCUUCCCCCGGACUGGCACAAAUUUGUUAUGUUAAUGUUGCUCGUUUGAAAUGCACUUUAAUUUUGAUGCAAUUCAUAUUGUGUGUUAACCAUUCCCAAUGUCAAGUUAUGACCAAUAAAUACAGCAUCCAACUUUCUCA